UUGGGAAACAGAAGAAGAGGCCAUGCAUAUAUAAACAACCUCAAAUGGGACUCUCAGCUACUUGAUAAGGGAAGCUACGGUCGUACUUCACUUUCAGAAAAAUCUAGGUUCGCCGGAGACUUACUCGAACUUCAUCGGAGUUCAAGGUCGACGACAAGUAGGGUGGAGUAAAAGGAAGAAAGGUGAAGACUUUUCCUGGAUCGGAUUCGAAAGGUCGCAACGAGCUGUGGAUUAUAUUUUUUUAAUCAGACUCUGUUUGGCUAAUCAUCCGCUUUUAAUUCCCUUUUUUGGGUCUUCCAUUUCUUUUUUCUUGUUUUCGUUUAUUUCUCUGCUUUUUGAUCCUGAUUGGUUGCCGAGAAAAUGGGUGUGAAAGUUGCUACGGCCUGUUUGCAUUGGUCACAACCCUCUGUUCCUCACCCACCUUCCUCUCCUCAAACCCUAGCUUCCACAGUCUCCCCUUCCCUUAAACGACGUAGUUUCAGCGAUGGAGCUCUCGUGUUCCAAUCAUCUCUCUUCGGAACAAAGAUCUCUAGGUCUAGAUCUUGCGACAAACCCAAAUCAAAAUGCAAAACAAUCAGACGAGCUUGCAGUGCCAGCCUAGACGCAUUCUCAGACGAAGAAUUCUCGAAAAAAAUGAAAGAACUAUCUAUGAGGUUCCAAUUACUCGACGACAAUGACGAAAACACAAUCGAAACCACAGAAUCUGAAAUGGUUUGUGAUUACAAUAACAGUGUAAAUCAAAAUUCAUCUAAAUUCAACUUUCUAGAAAGUCAGAGACUGUUCGAUCCGGUAGAGCCGCCGGACUGGUUAGGCAGAGAUGAGAUAAUUCCGGCGAGUAUCGAACGAAAAGCGAACAGCGUAGAACUUCCUCUCUCACUCCGAAUGAUAAAGAGGAAGAAGCAAUGGCAAGAAGGGGUUCGAGAAGCAGGGGAGUCGGCUUAUUGCUCCGUCAAAAAGGCCUUUUCUUCCAUGGUUUUCAUAAUCCGAGAGCUUCAGAGCUUCACUCUGCAAAUGAGAGAAGCACUCUAUUACGAAGAUCUACAAGGGAUUCUAGUUCGUGUUCAGAAAGAAAUGCACGCCUCGUUUGUCUGGCUGUUUCAGCAAGUUUUCUCGCAUACACCGACUCUAAUGGUGUACGUCAUGAUUCUACUAGCAAAUUACAGCGUCUAUUCAAUGGCCAACAACGCCGCCAUCGCCGCCACACCGCCGCCGUCCUCGGCGGCGGAGAUGGAGUCUGUUUCGGUGCUCGAAGAUCAAAAUCAAAACCAGAAAAAGUUCGAUUCCUCUUCGAUUAAGACGUUUUCGGUGUCGUCUUCCAGUGGGAAGACGGCCUCAAUCGGCGGAAACAAUGGCGGCGGAGGAAAAUUCCGGCCGGUGGCGAGUGGCACAGACGGUGGUGAUGAGUCAGCGUCGUUGAAUUACCAUCGAACUAUGGUUCCAGAUGGGGUGUCUUCGAUUGGGAACCCAGCAAAGAUUAAGGAAGAGGAAGAAUUGUCGGCGAGGGAGGAAUUGAAAGUGUGGAAUUCGAUUGUGGAGGAAGCUUCGAAGAUGCAAGCGAGGUUGAGAGACGAGGCUUUGGAUCAUGAAACUUUGCAGAGGUUUGUUUCGCCCGUGACGGCGAAGAUCGAAGCCGAUGACUAUGCAGAUUAUUUCAGAACAGAGCUUUUGUAUCAGAGGGGCUUGGCUCAAGAUCCUAAUAAUCCUUUGCUUCUUGCUAACUAUGCUCAGUUCUUGUACCUCGUCACUCAAGAUUUUGACAGAGCUGAAGAGUACUUCAGGCGAGCAGUUAAGGUGGAGCCGCCGGACGCGGAGGCGCUGAGCAAGUAUGCGUGCUUCUUGUGGCAAGCGAGGAAGGACCUAUGGGCGGCGGAGGAGACGUACUUGGAGGCUAUCUCGGCUGAUCCCACCAACUCCUACUACGCCGCUAAUUAUGCUCACUUUUUAUGGAACACCGGUGGCGAAGACACUUGCUUCCCCAUCGACACCAACACCGACGACCCUAACGACGCUUAACCCAAAACACCAAGAGAAAAAAUAAACAGGCCAACUCCAUCUCUUGUCCAUCCACCACCCGUCGCUUGGAUUUUGUUAAAUCAUCAAUUUUUGUAGGCAAAGUAGAGGUCCUGAUGUGGGAAAGGAGUCGAGCUCUUCACCUUUAAAGUCAAGUGCAAGACUUAUGAAGGGUUGGUUAAUAAUUUUAUCAUUACAACAACAAAAGUACGAAGCGGCAACCAACUGCAAAUCUAUUAUGGGAAGCUAUAUGGGCUCUGCAGAUAUGUAUGGCGGCGCGAGUCUUUUUGCCUCUCGGGAAAGAAAAGGGUCACCUUUUGUUCGGUUUUCUCUGUACAUAUAUUGGGUUUGUUUGGUUUGUAUUUUAAAAUAUAAUUUUUGAGAAUUUUUUUUAAAAAUUUUGUUUAGUUUAAAUUUUAAAAUUAUUUUUUUUUUCUUUUA